AUGGACUUGAUCCGUGAAGAGGGGAGUGUCGGCGUGCGCUGCUCCCUCGAUGAGGCUGAGGUGACGCUGGCACCUUCCCGAGAGUCCCUGACGCCGAAUCUUUAUUACGAAUUGGAAAACAUGAAGGAGCAAGGAAAUAUGACCAGUAAACAGUCUAUAGAAACAGACCCAGAAAUUAUAGAAAUGAUUGAAAUAACACCGAGUGUUAAAAGGUCUUAUAACUUUGCUUUUUUGGUUAAGCCGGUGAUUCAUAUCAAAUUAAUUCUUAUCUAUGGCAUAAGGUGGUUGGUUUUAGCUAUUGCCAUGGUACGCUUUUAUAUGGAAAAAGGAACACACAAAGGUGUAUAUAAACAUAUUCAGAAGACACUUAAGUUUUUCCAGACAUUUGCCUUGCUUGAGAUAGUUCACUGUUUAACUGGAAUUGUACCUACGUCUGUUCUUGUGACUGGAGUCCAAGUGAGUUCCAGAAUCUUUAUGGUGUGGCUCAUCACUCACAGUAUAAAACCAAUCCAGAACGAAGAGAGUGUGGUGCUUUUUCUGGUCGCAUGGACUGUGACAGAGAUCACUCGCUAUUCCUUCUACACAUUCAGUCUUCUCGACCAUUUGCCAUACUUCAUUAAAUGGGCCAGAUAUAACUUUUUUAUCAUCUUAUAUCCUGUCGGAGUUGCUGGUGAACUUCUCACAAUAUAUGCUGCCUUACCAUAUGUGAAAAAAACAGGAAUGUUUUCAGUAAGACUUCCUAACAAAUACAAUGUCUCUUUUGACUACUACUAUUUUCUUCUUAUAACAAUGGCCUCAUAUAUACCAUUGUUUCCACAACUCUAUUUUCACAUGUUACGUCAAAGAAGAAAGGUGCUUCAUGGAGAAGUGAUUGUAGAAAAGGAUGAUUAAAUGAUCACUGCAAACAAGGUGCUUUUUCAAGAAUAACCAGGAUUACUUGAGUCCAAGUUUUAAUAACAAGAAUAAACAACUUUAUGACAUGGUGGAUUGUAUUAUUUCUUAAAAUACAACUAGAGAUGAGGUAUUUGCCACUAUUAGUCUUCACAUUGUGUCAGGUUCAUAAUUUACAAGAACUACACAAGUAUUAUCAACUUCUGGGUAGAUAAUGAUUGUUACCAAAGUAACUACCUGGGUAAAAAGUUUUCCUUAAUUUUGUUAAGUGAUUUUUUUGCUACUGUGCUCAAAACCUUUAAAAUCAAUACUUAUAAAUUAGUUUAAUGAUUUAACAUUAUGAUACCUGCCAGUGAUAUUUAUGUGCUCUUUAUAAAUGAAAGUAAAUGCAAAGUUAUAAUGAUUUGUUAAUAACAUAUUGGUGUUUCAUGAACUCAAGAUCUACUUAUUUCAAGUUAUAAGGCAGUAUUUUUGAUAAAUAGCUCUUUUUGGAAGCAUUGAUAUGAUGUAUUAUGGUAAAGAUUGUUGAUAUAAAGUAUCCACAUAAAAAUUACUCAAGUAGAUGUCACAAUUGGAAAAUAUUCUUUGAAAAUACACCCUGACCAUUGGAAAUACUGUCAUCACCAAACAAAUUUACUUUUAUUUGAAGUAAUCACGUAAGGAUAAGCUUUGCAACUGUAAGGACUUUAAGGGAUUAAAAAGAAUAAAAUAAUUAUAUUUCCUUACUUGUUCAAAAAUAACACUGAAUCUGAUCAUAAUUUUAUACACAGAACUCCAGCUGAUAAAGGCUGCUCCAUAUUGUGGAUCAUGUAGCAAAACCUUGUUAUGAAAAUCCCUUUGUUGUACUCAGGUAAUA